AUGCCGUCUCGGGGCUGUGACCGGCCCAUCCCCCGCCCCCACCUCCGCUUCCAGGCCCUGCUGCGUGUGCUGCGAAGCCUCCCCCGCCGUGCCCUGGCUCCGCUUCACCGGGCGGUGGGAGCCAGCUCCGGCCCCGGCCCCGGCCCCACUCACCGGGUGGCGAGACCCCGCUCCAGCCCCGGCCCCACUCACCGGGCGGCGAGACCCCGCUCCAGCGCUAGCCCCGGCCCCACUCACCGGGAGGCGAUAGCCCGCUCCAGCGCUAGCCCCGGCCCCACUCACCGGGAGGCGAUAGCCCGCUCCAGCCCCAGCCCCGGCCCCACUCACCGGGAGGCGAUAGCCCGCUCCAGCCCCAGCCCCGGCCCCACUCACCGGGAGGCGAUAGCCCGCUCCAGCCCCAGCCCCGGCCCCACUCACCGGGAGGCGAUAGCCCGCUCCAGCCCCAGCCCCGGCCCCACUCACCGGGAGGCGAUAGCCCGCUCCAGCGCCAGCCCCGGCCCCACUCACGGGGAGGCGAUAGCCCGCUCCAGCGCUAGCCCAGGCCCCACUCACCGGGAGGCGAUAGCCCGCUCCAGCGCCAGCCCCGGCCCCACUCACGGGGAGGCGAUAGCCCGCUCCAGCCCCGGCCCCGGCCCCACUCACCGGGAGGCGAUAGCCCGCUCCAGCCCCAGCCACGGCCCCACUCACCGGGAGGCGAUAGCCCGCUCCAGCGCUAGCCACGGCCCCACUCACCGGGAGGCGAUAGCCCGCUCCAGCCCCAGCCACGGCCCCACUCACCGGGAGGCGAUAGCCCGCUCCAGCGCUAGCCACGGCCCCACUCACCGGGAGGCGAUAGCCCGCUCCAGCGUUAGCCCCGGCCCCACUCACCGGGAGGCGACAGCCCGCUCCAGCGCUAGCCCCGGCCCUAGCCACGGCCCCAGCCCCGCUCCGCGGGCGGUGAGCGCCGGCUCCAGCCCCGGCCCCGGCUCGGCGGCGGCGCGAAGCCGGCACCGCCCUGCCCGCUGCACGCCGGGGGUUGUAGUCCGCCCCCGGCCCGAGGUGCGCCGCGGAGCGCUGCCCGCCCGCUCGGGAGGCUCAUCCCUGCCCACCCCCGGCUCCCUGCGGCCGCAAGCAGCGGCGGGACCCUCGGGGCAGAGGAGCUGUGCCGCAGCUCGUCGGCCGUAG